GAGAGAAAGUGUGGCAGCAAGGCAACCAUGACCACCCACAAAGAAAGAAACAGCCAAAUGGUUAGGGUUUUAGGGUGUUUUCGGGGCACGGGCUCUUUGUAAACAGCAAGCAAUAUGGAAGGAGAAAGUUGGGAUCUUCAUUAGUAUUCAAUUGAAUUUCCAGUCUUUUCUAUUUUAAAUUUUUAGGACCUGGAGCUGGCGUUCCAGUUUCCAAGCCUGUAAUUAAAAUAUCCGUUUUCCUGGAAUCGUUGCUUAACAAAAUAGACGACUACAAUGACGUACUUUUAAAAUACACAAUUGAAAGAGGGCAGAGCAUCUCUUUAAAUGAGGCCAACCCCCAAUCUCCCUUUAGUUUUUCCCUAAUCCCUACUUUUCUCUCUCUUUCUCCCUCUGCUAUUUCAUUGGUAAACUCUAAAACAGUCACCAGGCUCUCUCUCUCUGUAAUAAUGGUUGUUCCACCAUUAUUAUUAUCUUCAUAAGUCCUGAAACCAACCACUCUUUUAAAAUUAUAACAAGAAAAUCAUGUUGAUUUCUUCUCAUUUACCUCGUUGGCUUCAAGUUCUUCUGACUGAGAAAUUCUUUAAUGCUUGUGUAAUUCAUGAAGAGGCCAAGAAAAAUGAAAAGAACGUCUAUUGCUUGGACUGUUGUAUUAGUAUCUGCCCUCACUGCUUGUCCCCUCACAGCUCUCACAGGCUCCUACAGAUAAGAAGGUAUGUCUAUCACGAUGUUAUAAGGUUGGAUGAUGCAACUAAGUUGAUGGACUGUGCCUCUGUCCAAUCAUACAUAAUAAACAGUGCAAAAGUGAUAUUUAUAAACCAAAGGCCACAGACAAGGCAGUUCAGAGGCUCCGGCAACUUCUGCACCACAUGCGACAGAUGCCUGCAACACCCGUAUCUCUUUUGCUCUCUCUCCUGCAAGAUUGAUAAUCUAUUAAGAACAGAAUACGGGCUUUCCAAGUUCCUAUAUGAUUGCAAUUAUUUGCCAUUACCUGACGUGGGUUUGGAUGAUGGUAUGGUGACACCUGAGUGGGUCCUCGAGCCGUCUGGUUCGACCAAAACCUCUUCCGGGUCUGAUGGAUACGGUGAAGAAGCGUGGUGCAGGGCACUUUCUUGCACUGCUACCACAGAGAUUGUGAGAAAAAAGAGGAGUAGCUUAACCUGCCCUUCAGUAUCCGGGAGUUUGAUGAACCGGAGAAAGAAACCUCCACACCGGGCUCCACUCUACUGAAUUUCCUUGUCUAGGGGGAGAUUGGGACAUUGUUGGCAUUUUAUAUUUUCAAUUAGGGUAAUUUACGGAUGAAAUGAUCAUCCACUAACAUCUCCCAAUUUUGUUUUUGUACCUCUCUCUCCACUCCCUUUGGGUUAUAUAUAUUUUCCAUUUUACCCAGUUAUUGUGAGUAAUACCGACAGAAAGUACUGUAGUAUUGCAUUAUUAUCCCCUUUUUUCUAAA